AUUGGGGGUAAGAAAGAGAUGGAGAUGAAGCAUUUUAGCCACGAACACAAUCUACAUCUCCAUGAAGAAGAUGGUUACAGCAAUAAACAUUUCUGCAAUGGCUGUUGGCAACGAAUAUCCAUCUCAGGCUCAUAUUACAGAUGCAAUAAUCAUUCAUGUCAAUAUUCACUUCACAAACGUUGUGCAGAACAACCACAUCAAAUCAACUAUCCUCUUCACAAACACCCACUAACCCUCCUUCCCCAACCACCCUAUCGUUCUCAUCGAUGUUACUGUAGUUCCUGUUACAAAUCCCAAUGGCAACACUUCACUUACCAUUGUCCAAUCUGUAAAUACGAUCUCGACAUUGAAUGUGCUUUAAGAGCUACCAGAAUCAACCAUAAAUCUCAUAACCACCCCUUGAUUCCUCUACAGAAAUCGUCUUCUUUCUUCUGCCAGGCUUGUAGGAAGAGAGAUGUCCAUGGCCCCUCUUACGUCUGUUCUGAUUGUCAAUUCUGGGUUCAUCAGAAAUGCGCCGAUUGCUUUCCAAGCUCCGUUCUUUAUGAGCAUAAUAAUCAGAGUCAUCAUACCCUUCAGCUUUCUUAUUCUUUUCCUAGUGACUUUCACCGGUUCUUGUCCUUCUGCGAAAUUUGCUUGGAAAUAUUGAACAAGAGAGAUUGGGUGUAUUAUUGCUCCGAUUGUCGGUAUUUUGUUCAUUCCGAUUGCUUACUUUCAUUGUUGGACGAGAUGGGGAAAGAUGGAAAACCAGCUUUAUCAUCAACAAACAAUCUGGUUGAGACAAUUGAAGACGAAUCUAUCAUUACCCACUUACCACCAAUUGAUGAAUUCAUAAAUCCCUUAACCCUUUUCAUAAAUAGGAUAAGCUUGGAUCAUGAGAAUCAGUCUUUACUGGAGCACGCAAGCCAUGAACAUAAACUAAUCCUCGUACUAGAAUUGCAGGAAUCAGACAACAACACCAUUCUUGUGAAUGAACACAUGAAAGAUAAACAAACAUGUGCAGGCUGUUGCAGUAUCAUAAUGUCUCCACCGUUCUACAAAUGUGUCGAAUCCCAAACCUCUAACAACUGCCCCUUUCAUCUCCAUAAACACUGCGCUCAACUCCCCGAAAAACUUAACAGACAUCCAUCCCAUCCCGAUCACCCUCUUGUACUCUCCAUGGAAUUGUACGGAAUUAUUCGAUGCAAUAACUGCAAGAAACUCUGUCUCGGAUUCGUCUUUAGCUGUCAUAACUGUCGAUUCUAUCUCGAUAUCGCUUGUGCUUCCCUUCUGUUUGGAUCAAUAAUGACCCACGACCUCCAUCAACACUCGCCGAUGAUGAUCAGAGAAUUUCGCGAAUCCGAUGGUCAUAGAUGCAGCGGAUGCACCUUUCUUCUAACCGGAAUAGGUUUUGCCUGCAUUGCAUGUGAAUAUUUCAAGAUAGAUGUGGAGUGCGCGCUAUUACUGAGGGGAUUCAAUCAUAGGUUUGACGAGCAUCCGUUUGUUCUUAGCUAUUCGCCCGUGAAGGGGAUUGAGGAAUACAUUUGUGAGAUCUGUGAGUUUGAUAUAAACCCAAGGCAGUGGUUCUAUUGCUGCGGAAUUUGUGACCAUUCGAUUCAUUCGGAAUGUAUUCUUCCUAUUUGUGAUCAUCCGACUGUUGUAUUUAAUCAGGGUAAUUUCAUCUCUACUCCUCAUCAUUGUCACCGUUUGAUCCUCGAGAAAUCGAUCGAUGUUGGGUUGUCGUGUGAUUGUUGUGGGAAAAGUUUUGGCGAAGGUUUGGGUGGUUUUGAAUGUUUUGAGUGCUCGUUUAGGAUUCAUAGAGAAUGUGCUGAUAUGCCGCAAGAAGUGAAACUACAAUUAGAUGAUCAUCCGCUUCGAUUGUUAUCGUCUAAUUCGUCAUUAAAGAGGACACGGGUUCGAGUUUGUAUAUUAUGUGGGCUCGAGUUGGAUCUUGAGCUAUGGUUCUAUUAUUGUGGCAUAUGUGACCAAUCUGCCCAUCUUGAAUGUGUAUCUAAGUACCAAGUGGUUUUGAUACAAUCCUCAAGACAUGGAUUAAGGGUCAUAUGGAGAACAAUUAUAAUUGAGUAA